UACUAGCCCAGCUAGGUAGCAGUUGCACCGGCCAUCUCACGGCGGUGAGAUUGGAAAGGCGUAGGUGAGCUUACGAUGGCAACGGGGAACGGAGCAGGGUUGCUGGCCGUCGUCGUUGCAGGCCUGCUCCUGCACGCUGCUGGCGUCGCCGAUGCGCAGACUCUCCGGGUCGGGUACUACAACCAGACUUGCCGCACCGCCGAGUCCAUCGUCGCCGACGAGGUCCAGAAGGCGGCGUACGCCGACAGGUCCGUCCUGGCCAGCCUCAUCCGGCUGCACUUCCACGACUGCUUCGUCAAUGGCUGCGACGGGUCGGUGCUACUGGAGGCCAGCGACAAGCAGGCGGAGAAGAACGCGCAGCCGAACCUGAGCCUGCGAGGGUUCGACGUCAUCGACAGGAUCAAGGCAAGGUUGGAGGCCACGUGCAAGGCGACGGUCUCGUGCGCCGACAUCGUGGCCUUCGCCGCCAGGGACAGCGUUAAGCUGAGCGGUGGUGCCCGGUACGCCAUUCCCAGCGGGAGGCCGGACGGCACCGUGUCGCGGCUGAGCAUGACCAGCGACCUCCCGCCUUCGAACCAGCGGAACGUGGACGUCCUCGCCCAGCACUUUUACCGAAAGGGGCUGUCGCUGGACGACAUGGUCGUCCUCUCAGGCGCGCACACGGUGGGCGUCGUGCACUGCGGCACGUUCGGCUACCGGCUGACGAGCGACCAGGACAAGGGCAUGGACGCGACCUACCGGAACAGCCUGCGGAGCCAGUGCCGGUACAACCCAAACAACCGCGUGUCCCUGGACGCCGGCAGCCAGUACGCGUUCGACUCGAGCUACUUCGCCAACGUGCUCGCCAACCGCACCGCGAUCGAGUCCGACGCGGCGCUCGCCGCGCCGCGCACCGCCGACAAGGUGCGGCAGUGGAAGAACAACCCGGACUGGUUCAAGAGCAGCUUCGCGGCCGCCAUGGUCAAGAUGGGCAGCAUCCGCAGCAGCUACCCUGGCAAGGUGCGCGUCGACUGCAGGAAGGUCAGGACGUGACGGGCGCAGGCAGGCGGAGCGCGAUCACGGUCAGUGGCACGAGUGCGCCUCACGAUUGGAUUCAUUUGUUUCGUUAUCCUUUCACUUUUUUUUCUGUCUGUGCCAUUUGUCAGCAUGUAACAUUCCUUGUUUCGGAUUUUUUAGAGCAAAUUCUUGGUUUUUGAAUUUUGCCAUUUCGGAUGUACCCUUCUACAUCUUCGCUAUUAUGCUAUUCAGAUUCAAGGACGUUUCUUGAGACGUGCAUUCAGCUCA